AUGUGCGCCUCAGCCUCCAGGGGCCUGCCCGCCAGGGUCCCCACUCUGGACCCCCAACCCGAGGAGGCGCGGGGCCUUAACCAACUGCCCACGGAGCUGCUCGAGAUGGUGCUGAGCCACGUGCCCCCUCACGUGCUGCUCGGACGCUGCCGCCGGGUGUGCCGGCGCUGGCGCGACCUGGUGGACUGCCGGGCCCUGUGGCUGAGCAUCCUGGACCGAGACCACGCCGCCCUGUCGCCCGUCCUCCGCACCUGCCUGCCCGCCGCCGACGACCCCAGGCCCUGCGUCCUGGGCCGCUUCUGCGAGCUCCGACCCAUAGGACGCAACCUCCUCUGGAACCCCAAGGGCGAAGAAGUCCUGCAGAAAUCGAUGGUUGUGCAAGGUUGUGGUGCCCUGGCUAUGGAGGAAAACUGGGAGGCCAUGCCUAGGGCCCCUUUGCAGAUCUGCUUCCAGUGUGCCUACAGGUGGUGUUUUAAAAAGAAGCAAGUGUUGGACCUGGAGAAGGAGGGAGUUUGGCCAGAACUCCCGGAUAGUGGAAAGAUCGAGAUUUCUGUCUCUGACUGGUGGACCGGCCAACAAGGCACUGACAAUAUAUAUCAUCUAAUUAUCCAACUUCCAGAUGCCAACCAGUCCGUCCUGGAUCAUUUCUCUUCUGUGCCUAUGCCCAUUCGGCAGUGGAGAAACAGCGUCUCCUUUGAGGUCAACCAUGCGUUCUCCAACUUCAAGAAAGGCAUCCGCUUUGUGUCUUGUGAACACUGGGUCCAGGACAUGGAGUUCUUGUCUGAACAUUAUGGAGACUAUCUGCCCAACUCCGGUGUGAUUGUGCGGGUCCGUCUGUCCUAG